CACUGUCCAUUUCAUCUCUGUCAAUGAAAAAUACAAAAGUUCAGUCAUCAAUAAUAUUUUGAAAUAUAUCAGUGUAAUACAUUCAAUUCAAGCCACAAAAAUAUCUCAAAAAUGUCAGAUAAUGACGACGAUUAUAUGUGCGAGGAAGAAGAAGACUACGGUUUGGAAUAUUCAGAAGACAGUAAUUCUGAACCUGAUGUUGAUCUCGAAAACCAGUACUACAACAGUAAAGCGCUCAAAGAGGAUGAGCCAAAAGCAGCCCUCGUCAGCUUCCAGAAAGUUCUGGAACUGGAAGGAGGAGAUAAAGGAGAAUGGGGCUUUAAAGCUCUUAAGCAAAUGAUAAAAAUUAAUUUUAAGUUGGGAAAUUUUACAGAAAUGAUGUCUCGUUAUAAGCAACUCCUCACAUACAUAAAAAGUGCAGUGACACGGAAUCAUUCAGAAAAAUCUAUCAAUUCUAUACUGGACUACAUAUCUACAUCUAGAAAUAUGGAGUUAUUGCAAGACUUCUAUGAGACAACAUUAGAGGCGCUUAAGGAUGCAAAGAACGAUAGGCUAUGGUUCAAGACAAACACAAAGCUGGGCAAGUUGUACUACGACCGCGGAGACUUCAACAAACUGGCCAAGAUAUUGAAACAGUUACAUCAGAGUUGUCAGACGGAUGAGGGUGAAGAUGACUUAAAGAAGGGUACUCAGCUGCUGGAGAUUUACGCACUGGAGAUCCAGAUGUACACAGCGCAAAAGAACAACAAAAAACUGAAAGCCCUCUACGAACAGUCCCUGCACAUCAAGUCUGCUAUCCCGCAUCCCCUCAUCAUGGGUGUUAUUAGAGAGUGUGGAGGCAAAAUGCAUCUCCGCGAAGGUGAGUUUGAGAAGGCGCACACAGAUUUCUUUGAGGCGUUCAAGAACUAUGAUGAGUCCGGCAGCCCGAGACGCACCACCUGCCUCAAGUAUCUUGUGUUGGCUAACAUGCUUAUGAAAUCUGGAAUAAAUCCAUUCGAUUCACAAGAAGCCAAGCCAUACAAGAAUGAUCCAGAGAUUCUCGCCAUGACCAACCUAGUUAUGGCAUACCAGAACAAUGAUAUCAACGAGUUUGAGUCCAUACUCAAACACAAUAGAAAUAACAUAAUGGAUGAUCCGUUCAUCCGGGAACAUAUUGAAGAUUUACUGAGAAACAUCCGCACACAAGUUCUCAUCAAACUGAUAGGUCCCUACACCAGGAUACAUAUACCUUUUAUAUCCAAGGAGCUCAAUAUUGACGAGAAAGAGGUCGAGAAUUUACUUGUCACAUGUAUUUUAGACAACACGAUCAGUGGACGCAUUGAUCAGGUGAAUGCAGUACUGGAGCUGGCGAGUGGUGCACGAGGAGCAGCGAGAUACUCCGCACUGGACAAGUGGACAGCCCAGCUCUCCUCGCUGCAUCAUGCCCUCGCUAACAAGAUGGCCUGAGACUUCAUACUUUAACACAACCCCACAGAUACACAAACAGACUAUAAAUGACAUACAAUAUAUAUACAUACAACGGUCUCUAUAAAAUCUUUGCAGUUGUAUCUCUGAUGUGGAAUUUUUAAUGUAUAAGA